AUGUUGAACGUAAUGGCAGCGGUGACGACGAGCCUGCCCAGCCGAGUGGACCCAACUCCAACGCCUCCGAGUAACGCGAGUACCUCGUCCAGCACCGCAGCCAACAACGUCACCUCGGUCCCUGUGGAGAAUCCCACGGUAGAGAACCUGCCUGAGAACGUGAAUGUGUUCGUAGUGGUGAUCAAGGGCAUCAUCAUGGGCAGUAUCAUCACGACGGCUGUGUUAGGCAACGCGUUGGUCAUCGCUAGCGUUAGAAGGCACAGAAGAUUACGCGUGGUGACGAACUGUUACGUGGUGAGCCUGGCAGCGGCCGAUCUUUUGGUGGCUAUGUGCGCGAUGACGUUUAACGCGUCCGCGGAAUUGUCGGGCGGUAAGUGGUUGUUCGGACGGUUCAUGUGCGACGUGUGGAACUCGUUGGACGUUUAUUUCUCCACCGCAUCGAUACUUCACCUGUGCUGCAUCAGCGUGGACAGGUAUUACGCGAUCGUCAGCCCGCUCGAGUAUACUGUGAUCAUGAGACAGGGAACGGUGGGGUGUAUGCUGGGCAGCGCGUGGAUCCUGCCUGCUUUGAUCAGUUUCAUACCGAUAUUCAUGGGCUGGUACACCACGCAGGAACACUUGGACUAUAUGUUGAAGAAUCCCGAGGUCUGCUCCUUUGUGGUGAACCGGCCAUAUGCGGUGAUCAGCUCGUGCGUCUCCUUCUGGAUCCCUGGCCUGGUGAUGAUAGUGAUGUACUGUAAGAUCUACAAGGAAGCGGUCAGGCAGAGGAAGGCGCUCAGCAGGACGUCCAGUAACAUCGUGCUGAACAGCGUUCACUACCACAGGUCCUCGACCAGGCAACAUCACCAUCAGCAGAUGUUGCUCCAAGCAGCGGCCGAAACUGGUGAGCUUGCACAAUAUACACGUAGAACGUUUUAG